AUGGCUGAUUCUGGAAGGCUUCCAGGAUCAGCCUCUCCAACUCUGACGGCUGCUCCUCCUCAGGGUAACUGUAUGGAAUAAAAAUAUAUCUUAUUCUUGUAAAUUAUGAAUAAAAUACUUUUUUUCAUUUUUACUGACAUGAGAGAGCAAAAAAAAAUAUAUGACUGAAACAUGAGAGGCAACGAAUACAAUACAAUCAGAAACAUACACAUUUGUUUUCUAGUAACAUUUUCAGAUGUGAAUAAAAUUAUAACCCCCUUUUACCUAACCAACAUUAGAUAUGAGUUUGACUCUGCAGUUUCUUGGGAAACAAAAUUACAUGGUAUUUACCACAAGUUACCACCCUAAGGUCCUAGUGACUUACUUCAUUGUGACAGCCUCUUGUGAGAUGGAAAAGGGAAGGCAGUGAUAGAAUGGAUUAAGUGACCUAUAAAAAAAUCUAUUUGGCUUUACACAGGUAAUAAAUCUGAUAAUAAACAAUCAUGUUUAUUACUAACCUUAGACAAUAAAAACAAACUGUCUAUGAAAGAGAAGGAAAGCACUGUAAACAGGAAAUGAAAUAUGACAGCUGAAACUUUUUGAGAGAAAAAUAUAUUCCAGUAUGCAACAAAAAGGUAUCCUGAAAUGUUCUUUAUUUUUCAGAGGGGACUAAAGUGAUGCCUCUUUUGAGAUAUCCACAAGCUCAAAAACCUGAUAGACUCAGGUUUAAAAUAAACAAGUCAUAAGGAGGACACAUUAUUUUUUUUCACUAAGAUAGUUCUGAGCCUGGGAAGGAUUGAUCAGAAAAAAAAACGCAACCUGAUCAAACUUUUAACCUGUUUUUGAAUACUGUUUUUUUUACCAAGAGUUUAUAGCUAACCACUGAAGUUUGACCUUCCAGUUCACACAUGGUUUAAUGAUUAAACUUCCGGUUGACUACUAAGAUUCACAUUACUUUGCCCAGUUUACUGGUCACUAGUGCUCAGUUGCAGAAGAAAGCCAGAGGACCUUGUGUUUAUGAGAAUUCAACGAGAUCUUCCAGAUUGGAGUCAACAUGUCUGCCCAUUUUACUACAGGUCUGAACCCUCUUUGACUUUGUUUAUACUAACAGGCUCUUUAUAUGACUGUUUUUCAGUUCCAACAAAGAUUUUUGAUGGCAGGAAUGUGCAGGUUUUAGAUUUGUGAAGAAGAUUUAAAUUGAAAAUGACCCUGAAAACUGUUGAGAGCAACCUUUACCACAACUGAUCAUUUCUGUCUGUCUGUGCUUCUGUAGUUUUUUUUAUUUCAUCUACUCAGCAAGAGCCUGCUGUAGAGGCACUUUGGCCAGGAAGGUAUAACAAGGAAAAAGUAAUUAAUGAAAGUAUCUCGUGUGGCUUCUUGUUGGAAGGCCCUUUCUGUGAUAGGAAUAUGAAUAAAAAUAAGGCUCCUCACUAUAAUGAUCACAUUCUUUGCCAUGAGCUGUCCAAACAUCACUUUUGCAACCAUUUAAACAUUAUGAAAGUCAUUCAUGUAGCUCUGAAUCAGUAGGGCUAUAAUACCAGAAUGACACGUUUGGAGCCUGGUGUAAGAUGUAAUUAUUUUGUUUAAAUGCACAUUCAGCCCCUGCUUUUCUAUGAAACAUUAUUGGCUGUGAAUACAAUCUAUUUGUUUUUGAAUAAAAUGAUGCGGUGCCUCAGAGCUGCUUAAAAGAGAAAAAGUUACCAAAAAGUUGCCAUGUGCAAUUAAGUGGUCAGUCAAACAGGUGGUGAGUCCCAGAGGCGAGUCCAUGGAAGGCAUGGAGAGCGAGUCUACAGCUUCCCUAAAGAUUGUAAUGCAUCAGAGAUGCAGGAUACAUAAAUCAGCAGAUAGCAACAUAAAAGCCCAUCUUGUUGAAAACUGUCCUGUUUGCAUUUAAGGUGUCUCAUUUGUGUCGUUUGUGUCUGUAGAAAGACAAAAAAGAUGCUACAGGAAGGAUUUUCUUUCUUAUAAUCUACAGUACAUGCAGACAGCAGCUCCAUUGGGUUUACAACUGCAGCACCUCCCAACACAAAUCUCAGACUGAAUGGCGUGGACAUCGCUGUGAUUGUUGUCUACUUUGUCAUUGUCAUGGUGGUUGGAAUCUGGGUAAGAUGUGAAGUUCGCUAAAGUCAUAUUGCUCAGCUAAGGCUAAAGUCACCCAUGUAACAAAGCCAACUAUCAAGAGAGAGCAAAAUGACAGAAAUUAGUUUUUAGAGUAUCUAUAGAAGAGGAUGCUGAGUUUGCCUAUCUGACAUCCCCAGACAGUGUUCCACACUUGACCAGCAUGAACUGCAAACGUUCAGUCAAUUCAUGUAACUUGGGAUGGAAAUCAUCCUGAAGAUUAUCUUUUUAACCCCAUGUGCCUAUUUAUUCGAUAUUUAAAGAUCGUAAUUAGCUGAUUAAAACACAUCCAUAUAGGUCAGUGCUGACUCGGACAGAAUAUGUAGCCUACCAGAGUGAAUCAUAAUUUCAUUUAACCUGAAAAAAACAUACACUUAUUUUUAUUUUGAAAACAUCGAUGUGUCUUUUAUGGUUCAAGAUCAAAAUGUGAAGUUGCAUUUACAAUUUUUUUCAGUUAAAAACUUUUGACCCUAAUUUAGCUCAAUAUUAAUCCAGAUCCAUGUUUCCAUCACUUGGCUGUCUCUAGGGGAAGAUUGAUGGCAACUUUAAGGCACGGUGACACCUGCUGGUCAUUUUAGAUACCUACUUUCAGCGUGCCUUGUUGGUCUUGUCUUAUCUGUUUAAUAGCUGAUAAAUAUCUCUCUCUCACUCAAUCAAUAAAUAGUCUACUUCCGUGUAAACCCUAUACUGCGUACACUACUUGUUUUGAUUUAGAGUGCAUAUGAGGGCAGACGGUACAAUGAAAGUCAGUUUCUCCAUGCUGCCAGCACAGGAGCUCCUUUGUGAAGGGUAGGACCCUUAUUUUGAAGAAAUCCACCCUGAACAUCAUUCAUCAGUCAUUCAUUGGUAUUAUUUGUAUGGUUGCAUUGGUAUUACUUAUGUUGUUACCUAGGCCAUGUGUGAAGACAUGUCAGGCGCAUUAAAUUUGUACUGUAGUAGGUGUGUGACUUAUCAACAAUCAAUAUAUUGGCAGAAAUAGAGGGCCCCAAAAUCAAAAUUUACUUAGGGCCCCAUUGAGGCUUCGCCAUCACAUUCCAAAGAAAAAGAAAAAAACCUGGGUAGUUAAUGCUCAGUCAAAGCACAGCUGAGCCAGUCAUCAUAUGUUGUUGGUGUAAAUGUGUUUUAUUGUACACUGUAUGAGUUGUUUUAAGUGUACAGCUGGCCAAAUUUUUCUCCUUUUGUCCUACAGUCAGCAACUCGAGCUAGCCGCAGCACCGUCGGGGGUUACUUCUUAGCUGGCCGUUCGAUGACCUGGUGGCCUGUAAGUACCAAAGUGGUCUAGACAAUGUGUUUUAAGUUAAAAAGGAUAAAUGUUAAAGCCCCACUGUAAAUACUCAUAUGCUAGUUUUUCUGAAAAAGUCACGAGUCAGAAGCCAAUCAAGUACAUCUUAAUUAUGAGUAAGAUGUAUUUAAGAUGUAGCAAUGACAAGUAAGAUGUAGAUAAGAAAGUAAAUUACAUCUUUUUUUGUUUUGUUUUGUUUUUUGUGUAUCUGUUCAUAGAUUGGAGCCUCUCUGAUGUCCAGUAAUGUUGGCAGUGGUCUAUUUAUUGGUCUGGCAGGAACAGGAGCAGCUGGAGGCCUUGCUGUAGGAGGAUUUGAAUGGAAUGUAAGAAAGAGUAUUACUUACUUGAAUCAAGUCCUUAGUUAAAAGAAACAGCAAUUUUCUGUAAUUGGAAUAGUCAUAUAUUUGCAAAGCUGGUUGGAGUGGGAGUGUCUGAGGAGACCUUUUGGUGUCCUAACAGUAUACAAGUUUCAGAUAUGGAAUCAUGUAUUUGAUGAUUCCAUAUUUAUCUGUACCAAAUACUUGAUGUCUGGACAGCAAACAUCAAAUACUACACUUUUGUUACAUCAUGUAACCAAACCACACGGAGACUAUUUUCUAUUUUCCUUUGUCUGUGCUUUUGAUGGAAAAAUUGGAUGGCCCCUGAUGUUAACACAAGAUAAGGCAGAGCAUAUCAAUCAAUCUUUUAAAUGUCCUCAGCAAUAAUGUCCUCUGCAUAUUUGAGAAUGUCACUUUGUAUGUAAACUCACUGAAUAGAGAAUGUCAUGAAAAAUAUAAUAUGCUAAAUUAUUGUUAAAAAGCAUCAAUCCAAAAUUCAAAUGAGGAACCUUGGCAUUUGAAAUUCAGGUCUUCACUCCAAACAGUACUUGUUUUUGUUGGCAGACUUCUGUUGUUUGUUUACAUAAUGAGUCUAAGGGGUCUUUCACACCUAUGUUGUUUGGUCCAGACAUUCAGUUGGCUUUAUCCUUGCUCUAACAGCCAAAAAGCAAGGGUAGGAGUGAUUUGAAUUGACAUAUAAUGGGAUAACAAGAAUGAUGUGAUUUUGACAACUCUUUCAGCACUUUGACUAUCAAGAAAAAGCAGACAAUUGUGUCAUUGUAACUUGACCAUGUGUGUUUUUGAAGGCAACGUGGGUUCUUGUGGCUCUGGGAUGGAUAUUUAUCCCUGUCUACAUCGCUGCCGGUGUGGUCACUAUGCCUGAAUACCUCGCCAAACGCUUUGGAGGCCAGAGGAUUCGCAUAUACAUGUCUGUUUUGUCACUCAUCCUCUACAUCUUCACAAAAAUAUCCGUAAGACACAAACAUCUUGUUUUUCAAAGACAAUGGUUAACCGCGGCGCAUUUCAGAAUAUAGAACAACCAUUAAUGUGUGUAAAUGUGUGUGUGUUAUGCAGACAGAUAUCUUUUCAGGGGCGUUGUUCAUCCAGAUCUCUUUGGGAUGGGAUCUCUAUCUGUCAACUGGAAUACUGCUGCUCAUCACUGCUGCAUACACAGUGGCAGGUAAAUCACUCACACACCAACACACACACACUGCUGGAUGAUAAUGCAGGCAAGUGCCACACCAUCACCCACAAGAGAAAAAAUAUAUACACUGUAUAUAUUUUUUCUAAAUCACACUACCCCCAAAAAUGACUUAAAUCUUCAUAUCUCAAGAGAUUUUCUCUCUCAUUUGUUCCUACACCAUGCCUGCUGUCCCACAGGAGGUGCAUAUCUACAUCUACUUAAAUGUUUGUCAUUGGCUAGUCAUGAGCACGUAUUUUUGUUGAUUGCUCACUAGUGGGAGUGUGCAGUCAAUUUCAGGAAGAAUUAGUAUUGUUGAAGAGGUGCCUAGGAUCAAGUCCAGGUUUUUCACUGUGCUUAUGAAUACGGUGUAGAUUUUUGGAGCCAAAGACUUUUAUGUGUAAAUCUACAAACUGAUCCACAAACGGUUCAUGAGCGAGACCCUUUGUCCUUUCACUCAGUUGUACACUUGUGGAGGUGGGUUCUGUUGGAUCCUUUUCCCUGAGGGCUUUAGUUAGCUCUAAAUUCCCAUUUAAACAGCCCAUCGCAACUUUUACCACAAAUCCUGUCACUCAGUUAAGAUAUGAAAUUAAUUUAGACACUCUUCUAGUUUCACUAAUCUAUACAGAGAUGAUUAAGUUAAGACUUAUUUAGUUGGGAAUACAUUGUGCAAACCAACCUUUGUUUGUUUGUGGGCAGGUGGUCUGGCAGCAGUGAUCUACACAGAUGCACUCCAGACUGUGAUCAUGGUUGGGGGAUCCUUUACCCUAAUGUUCAUCGGUAAGAUACGCACCCACAUAUGCAACUAUGCGUUCAUUUAUAUACUUAGACACACGCAUACAUUCUGUAGAAGUUGAGUUUCACACAAAAAACGAAAAGGGGAGGACCCACACGCAGACUUAAAAAAUGAAGUCUUUUUAACAAAAGACUAGCUUGGAACAACAACAAAAAAAUGUCCUCAAAUGUAAAAUGUCCAACUGGAAAAAUCCUAAUCCAAAAAAACAAAAACACAGGCAGCAAAAAAUCCUAAAGGGACAAGUCACUGGGAAAAACAAUAAGGUAGGGAUGACGCACACAUACACUGGUAUUGGCAUUGGCAUUUGCACUCGCAUUGGCAUUGGCAUUGGCAUUGACACUGACAACCAACAAAGAAAGAGGGUAAGACAGGGACUAUAUACAAACACUGGGAAACGAGCAACAAGUGAGACAGACAAGACACAAGCGAAACUUAUGAAUGAUUAACAGAGGAGGGAAAACACACAAGGAUUGACUAUGACAAAAUACAACAAUAAACACUGAAAACUGAAGGAAGAAACCAAACUGUGAAAAACAUGAACAACAGGAACAUACUGUAAGAAUAAUUGACAAAGGGGAACAGGAACACUAGGAACAAAUACACAGAAAAUGCAACCUAAUAACAAACCAGGAAAAACUAAAUACACAAGAACAAAUCAUGACAGAGGAACUUUUUACACCUGUGAUAACUGUUUUGUUGGUAGUAAUUGUGCACAGACAGUGAUUCUUUCAUUGUGCUCUUGAGCUCACUAUAUAAUCUUUGUCAGAGAACUCCCUAGAAGAAGCAAAUGAGUCAGUAAUGUAAUGGACAGCCUCUGGUAUAAACAAGGAAAAAUUAUCAGUUAUCGUCUGUUUUCUCCUCUUCUCAUGUUUUCACUUACACAUCUGCUGAAAUAAGAUAUUAAUCUUUAUUAAAAGUAUGUUUCUGUUUUUGUGUGUUUAUGUUUUGUUCAUGAGCACAUGGAUUUUUUUUUGUGUGUUUUUUUUCCAGCAUUCUCCAAAAUUGGCUGGUAUGAUGGCCUUCUUGAUCAUUAUAUGUCAGCUAUUCCGUCAGUGACUGUGGCCAACACGACCUGCCACCUACCUCGUAGUGACGCUUUCAACAUGCUAAGAGACCCUAUUUCAGGGGAUUUACCCUGGCCAGGUUUACUGUUUGGCCUAACUGUACUAGCUACCUGGGUUUGGUGCACAGAUCAGGUAAUUAUACCACAUGUCGCAUGAAUCCAUACAAUAAUGUAACCAGUUUUGGAUUGAUUUGGUUAUGCUAUAGAUAUAGAUCUGCUGCAGAGUACAAUAGUUAUGAGCUAGGGUCCUCUGCCAUACUGAACAUAGCAGGAUUAUACAAACAUACUUUGAUAUUCAUGAAUUAAAUCAGAAAGUUGUGUAUCGUCAAAGUAAGUGUCAAGCUCUUAUUUUUUUUUUAUUCAUUAAUGGCACGACCCAUAGCCCACAUGGUAAGUUUUCCUUAUUGAAUACACCGUUUCAGCUGCUAGGGGGACAAAUGAGCUUAGAAAAAGAAAUUCAGUCAUAGCAGUGUUCGCUGGAUAAUCGUAGGCAUCUAGUACUUAGAAUUACUGUAAACCCUCAAAUAUAGGUCUUGUCAUUACAAGACCUGGCCAAACUGACCUUGUCUUGUCACUGGGUCUGUCUAUGGCUCAACCUCCCACACACAGACUAAGCUGUAACAGACUCUCCUAUGUUUGGUAUGUUUUUUUUUUUAAUGAUGUGUCCACAGAGGGCUGCCAUAGAAUGAUGUACAGUGGUUUUUGUUGCUUUAAUCUGGCUAACGAAGUUCAGUCUUGGUUGGUGCUCUACAUCGGUGUCCUGUUUAUUAUUGUCUCUUUCAAUUAAUUCAGUCAGGUGAACCCAGGAUACGUGGUCACAGUGCUGUUACACACAAUGGAUUAUUUAUGUAUUUCUCAAAUAAUAUGUUGCUUGCUUCAGGAAGAAAGAUGGUUAUAACCUGUGAAACUUGACACAUCUAUCUUGAAUAAACUGUCUGUGCAGGUUAUAGUCCAGAGGUCUCUGUCAGCCAAGUCUUUGUCUCACGCAAAAGGAGGCAGUGUGUUGGGUGGCUACCUCAAACUGCUUCCCAUGUUCUUCAUCGUCAUGCCGGGCAUGAUCAGCCGAGCACUUUUUCCUGGUCAGUCUAUAAGCCGUCCUGUUGUUUAUCUUUUAGAUUACCAAGCUGGAUGUGAUCCUUUCUCAGUGUGCUAGCUAGAUGAAUAAAGGGCUAUUGCUGGUAUUCAUUGGUCUGUUUUCCUGAUUUACAUGUCAUUAAUACUGUUUAAAAUUUCCAGACAAAACAAUUGAAAGAUCCCAUAUUGAUGAAUUUUCUUCUAUAACAUUUCUAUCAAAUUGGAUCAUCCAUGAGAAAGAAAUCAAGCAUGGCUAUUCUUAACAACAUCAGCAGUACACAAUAGAUAACUUUGGUCACUUAAAAUUCCUCAGAAAUACUUUCCAAACCGGUUUGUGAAGGCGUUAUACAUGCCAGAUGGAUUUCUAAGCAGAUUUCUUUUUACAUACCAAUCUUUGAUUUUGCAUGAUCUAGCAUAUGAAUAAAACUCCAGGUAACUUUUGAGGCUCUGAUGCAGUAUCUAGUGAAAUUUUUCCUUAAUUUGGACAAAGAGAGUAUUUCUAGAGAGUAAUUUUUUUGUUGUUGUUGUUGCUAUUUUUGGUAACUUUCUUGUUAGAUAACAUAACCUGCUUGUUUCUGUGUAGAUGAGGUGGGGUGUGUCGAUCCAGCAGUGUGUCAGGAAGUUUGUGGAACUGCUGUUGGGUGCUCCAAUAUUGCCUAUCCUAAAAUGGUGGUGGAGCUAAUGCCAAUGGGUGAGCUUCACACACACGCGCACGCACGCACGAACGCACGCACACACACACACACUGUUUACUGUUGGCAGCUUUAUCUAAAAUAUUUAUUCAUCACCUCUUUUGAUUUCUCAUAUAUUCUUGUGUGUCUUGUGUGUCCCAAGGCAUCUUUAUUCUGAUUCACUCAUGAACUGGAACUCUUUCCAUAAAAUCCCCUGCUCAAAUAUUUAAAAAAAUCUAUUUUGUGGUUCUUUUAUUAGGCAACGGGAUAAACUCACAGAAGCACUAUUGUAAACUGUGGAUUUUUUCUUAUUCCUCUUGCGGACAAAUUUCAAUUCACUGGUAACCCUAUAGCUUUAAGAGUUGUAGGCCAAAUUAUAUAACAAGCCAUGAGGUUUGAUCGGGAUUGGUGUUCUAUUACUUUUCUGUAAUGUAUAUGAAGUUUUUCAUUCUUAUUCUAUUUUUUUAAUGAUUAAGGAUUUAAUGAUAUUUUUAAUGAUCAGCAUUAUUUCUAAACAUACUAUCUCUCUGAAAAUUGUGUUUUUAUUACAGGUCUUCGUGGUUUAAUGCUUGCAGUAAUGUUAGCAGCUCUGAUGUCGUCACUGACCUCCAUCUUUAACAGCAGCUCAACUCUGUUUACUCUGGAUCUGUACCAUAAAGCAAGACCCAAAGCUUCAGAAAGAGAACUCAUGAUUGUUGGAAGGUAGGCAUGUAAACUUUGACCUUACAAAGCAGCAAGUCUAUACAAUAGUUAUGAAUUCUUCUGCAUAAAUAUCAAAGAAAAGAUCCAUCAAAAUUCUGCACCAAAAUGUGAUUGUUUAUUAUCCUCCUUUUUCAUAUUUAUCCAUCUCUCAAUGACUCAAAGACAUCACAAGGACAUUCCCAGUGUUCAUGGAUACUUACAGCACACAGUUUUUCACCAGUGGCCCACUAAUCUCCUAUUUAGUCACCAUUUGUAGUAUAUUUAAAUACAGAUUCCACAAAACUGAACUGAUUCUUUGGCCUCGACCAAAACUAAAAUUGCAGUGUUGUGUUUCUUAACAGGGUGUUCAUCCUGGUUUUGGUGUGUGUCAGUCUGUUGUGGAUUCCUGUCAUCCAAACAGCCAACAGUGGACAGCUCUUUGUUUAUGUCCAGUCAGUGACCAGCUUUCUAGCUCCUCCAAUCACAGCAGUAUUCCUAAUGGCUAUCUUUUGGCCGCGUGCAAAUGAGCAAGUAUGUGUCACACACUCAACACUUGUGUAUGUAUAACUCGAGUUAUAUAUUAAUGUAAAUAUAUAAUUAUAAACAAAGAAGUUAUUUUCAUACAGAAGCUUUUCUCUCCUUACCUUCUCUUUAAAGUUUGUUCUCGUGCGUAAGUUGAGUGCCUGUAAGUUGUUGUGUCUCUAACAAUGUGUUCAUCUAAGCAAAGAGACUUACAGAAUUUAAACACUGAGCCUCUCACUGUCUCUGCUCCUCAUUGAUGUUAAAAGACAGAUUUUUUGAGAGAAGCAUAAGGGACUCCUGGUUAUAACUCGCAGGUUUGUCCAAACUAUCAUUACUGUAGAAACACCAAACUCAUAUUAAAGUGUUCAGGAAGUCCUUACAAUGACCUCACCUGCUUUUUUCUGAUAGGAGCUACCAUUUUUGUCAGAAUAAACCCAAAUAUGAGACCAGCACAGAGGCAAAAAAUCAUUCUUUUUCUCAUCAUUUUGACUGCCUCAGCCUGCAGUGCGUCUAUCAUUUUGGGCAACCAGCUCAAGUUACCGUGGAAACUGUGAGCCUCAGGCCAGGAACACAGCUGAGACCAAUUAACUAAUCAGGGACUGCUCUGAUAUCUCUGCAUCAAUGAAUCUCUUUUUGAGCAAUUUGGUUAACGAUAAAAAGCUGACUCUUAAUUAAAAUCCUUAUUAAGGCCACGGGACAAACACACCGAAGAACUGGCCCCUAAUAGAGAAACUAUAAACUUAAGAGCAGUCCCCUAUACAAUAAUGCCUCAUUAUAGUACUGUAGACUUUUAACUUUUAGGGGUGGGUUUGAGGGGUUACUAACAUAAAUGGUCCCAUUUUACCUGUUGGAGUCAAUAAUUUGUGCGUGUGUGUGUGUGUGUGUGUGUGUGUGUGUGUGUGUGUGUGUGUGUGUGUGUGUGUGUUAUCUCAGGGGGCUUUCUGGGGGCUGAUGUCUGGACUAGUGGUUGGACUUGUUCGCAUGGUUCUUGAAUUCUCUUACCCUCCUCCUUCCUGCGGUCAGAGGGAUCAGCGUCCUGCUGUCCUGGCUGAUGUCCACUAUCUGUACUUCGCUCUCAUCCUGUUGGCUCUCACCUGCCUCAUCAUUGUUGCCAUUAGCUUGGCUACAGCCCCGAUACCUGAAGAAAAUGUGAGAAUAUGUCAUAAGAUUGGUUUGUUGGUAUUCCAACUUUAAGUGAAAGUAAAAACACAGGACUAAACACUAACUAGUUUUUAUCCUGUUGAUUUCAACAUUGAUCUCAUCAUUUGGGUAUGGUGAUUUUCAAAUCAUCGUAUUCAGCUUUUCUUCAUGUUUUACACAACGUCCUGACUUCAUUAGAGUUGGAGUUUGUCUUUAGUCUUAUCAGCUGAGCCACUUGGGGAAUUUUUUUAAGUGAAUGUGGCAUUAAAAAUCACUGUAGUGGUGUUACUUUCCAUAAUGGCUACAGCAGGAGUUUUAGAAGUUUGCCAGAAGAGACACAAAAAGACACUUGAGUAAAGAAAAAAAGCUUUAAUUUCAUUCCUAAAUUACAUUAAACCUAGCCCUAGUUUCACAAAAAUACGGAUUUAUAUUUACUGAAUUUCUUCCUGUUUUGUCUAGCUGUACCGACUAACCUGGUGGUCCAGGUAUAGCCAGGAGCCACGGAUCGACCUCACAGGUUCUCAGGUGACCUCUGAUGUAGUGAACCCUGACUCUGGCUCUGAUUCUGGACAUUUGCCAAAUCCCUCAAGGUGGUACAGAGCUUUGCUUUGGGUCUGCUGUCUGACUGAUGGGAGCAGAGGCUCUGUAUCACCAGGGACUGAGAACAUGGAGCUAAACUCCCUAAAGGAGGAACCUUUGUGGAGAAAUGUCUGCAAUAUGAACGCUCUGAUACUAAUGGCUGUCAAUAUCUUUCUCUGGGGAUACUUUGCCUGAUAUGCAGGUUCCAGAAAUGAUCUACGAUCUGUCAUGAGUAAGUCUAGACUUGUGCACGAGGCUGGAGUUUGGUCUCUUGUUAAACAUUUUAAGUUGUGUAAAAAAAUUGUCCAGUGUUUUAACGGAUAAGCUGCUCUACUCUGCUCUUCAUGUGGAAGUCUGUGUGCUGUACUUGUUCUGACCUUGAAGUGUGUAGGUGUAAUUAUGGAUAAUUAUUUAUUUCAUUGUUUUCAGGGCGGGGGGUGUUACGGCUGUACUUUUUUCUGUUGGUCUUUUUUUCCUUUUGUCCUUCCUCGCUCUGCUCAGGUGAAGUCACUGAUGGACAAUGAAGAUCUGUUCCUUAAGGUGCGUAAAAACCCAAGUUCUACCUGCAGUAGCGAGAGGCUUUUGGAGGGGGAGUGCUAUGGGGUGCCGUUUGUAAAGCAGCCCAUUAUAAAAACAACAGCAAGACUUGGUCACAUUUAGCAAAACAACAGCAAGAUUUAGUCACAUUUAGCUCCAAACAGCAUUUAAAAAAGUGAUGUGAAUUUUCGGCAGUCAUUUUUUUGCGCAUUUACAACAACAUUUAAAUACUAAAACUAAAUGUUAAAUGUUAAAUCUAAAUGUUAAAUCUAAAUCUAAAUGUUAAAUCUAAAUCUAAAUGUUAAAUCUAAAUCUAAGUGUUAAAUAUAAAUCUAAAUGUUAAAUCUAAAUCUAAAUGUUAAAUCUAAAUGUUAAAUCUAAAUGUGUUGGGCGAAACUAAAUAUUUAGCUAAUAUGCAAAUUCACGGUCGGAAACCGGAAGUGCCAAAAUAAAAGCUCCAGAAGGUCAUAUUGAUGAUUCUUGUGUCGAAGAAAACGAAUUAAAACCAAUUUAAGGGGGGGACAAAUACUUGGGGUGACGUUUCGUGUUAAUAACUACCUACAAUAGCGACAGCAACAACAAAAACUUUAUUAGAAAGACUCGAGUUUUCAGUGUCGCUUCUCCGUAUGGCGCGGACACUGUACGAACACACGCACACACACAUGCAGGCGCACAUACCAUACUGCUCCAUGGCAUCUUACCAACUCAAGAAGUGCAUUGGCCAUACGGGUAACGCGGACGACUGGGACGCAGGAAUCCGGGGUUCGAAACCCUGUCUUUUGUCUUCCACUUUGUCUUUUGGGUCAUGUAUUCAUUUAUUCAUUUAUUUAUUUAUUUAUUAGCUUAAUUUAAUUAAUUCACUGCCAUUUAGAAGAGUCUGGCGCAGGUUGUCAGCAAAUCUCGUGUGUUUUUUUUUUUUUUUUUAGGCGGAUUUUCCACUUCGACCAACAAUCCGCCCAUCCUUUGUGCGCGCCCCCCUUCCCCCACCACCACCACCCCGAAACCGGCCCGCGCUGUAUGGUCAAGCUUCUUCAAGCCUGAAUUGAACAAAAAAUGUCCGGGGAUUCUGCGCUCGCGGAGAACAUCGGGAGAGCUGUAUUAGCAGCCAUCAGAACUCUUCCUCCCUCUGCAGCUUCAUCGGUGGCUGUGGCGGACGCUGUGUUCGUACAGUGUCCGCGCCAUACGGAGAAGCGACACUGAAAACUCGAGUCUUUCUAAUAAAGUUUUUGUUGUUGCUGUCGCUAUUGUAGGUAGUUAUUAACACGAAACGUCACCCCAAGUAUUUGUCCCCCCCUUAAAUUGGUUUUAAUUCGUUUUCUUCGACACAAGAAUCAUCAAUAUGACCUUCUGGAGCUUUUAUUUUGGCACUUCCGGUUUCCGACCGUGAAUUUGCAUAUUAGCUAAAUAUUUAGUUUCGCCCAACACAUUUAGAUUUAACAUUUAGAUUUAACAUUUAGAUUUAACAUUUAGAUUUAGAUUUAACAUUUAUAUUUAACAUUUAGAUUUAUAUUUAACAUUUAGAUUUAUAUUUAACAUUUAGAUUUAGAUUUAACAUUUAGAUUUAGAUUUAACAUUUAGAUUUAACAUUUAACAUUUAGUUUUAGUAUUUAAAUGUUGUUGUAAAUGCGCAAAAAAAUGACUGCCGAAAAUUCACAUCACUUUUUAAAUGCUGUUUGAAGCUAAAUGUGACUAAAUCUUGCUGUUGUUUUGCUAAAUGUGACCAAAUCUUGCUGUUGUUUUUAUAAUGGGCUGCUUUACAAACGGCACCCCAUAGAGUGCUGCCCUGUUGGGGGUUCUCGUGUUUUGGUUGUGUUGUGUAAUGGUUGCCUUGUUCAUUCAUUCUUUAGUUGGUCUUUGUUAAUUAUUGAAUUCUUUGUGUGUUUACUAUAAAUCCCAUGACCAAGUUUUGAUGGUGUUUUCUGUUGCUUUGUAUGUGCCAUUGUGUGGAGACACCAUAACAUGUUUUUAAAGAAAAUAAAAGAUGGGAUGUUGUGUUUUUGCAAAGGUGUUAAAUUUGUGUUAUUUUGAUUACAGAUGUUGUUAUUACUUUUAAAAUCCACAGCAGACAAUGUUUUGUGUUUGUGGGUUUAGAAAGUGGAGUUAGAAAAUACCAGGUCCUUGUCAUCUACUCCUCCCACAUAUCAAACGUUUGGCAUGUCUGGGACCCCUGAGGAUGAGCCCACCUUUCCAUGCCCAAGUUUCAAUCUUGGCACUCUGGAGGACCUGCUCAAUGACAAUGAGGACACACAACAUCAGCACAGCAAUAACACCAUAAUUUCGUCAAAUGUGGCGGUUCUGCAGUCACAGGACAUAAUAUCCUCAUCCCUCCAGGAGGGAAGCUGA